GCCCCUUUCCGCUCCGUGCAGUCAGCGAAUCCCCAGCCGUUUAGGCCCCGGUUGUCUAGGCUCCCGGAGGUAGUGCUCAGGGAGGCUGGGAACCUGGGGGACACCGAGGAGUGCAGCGAGUGAUAGGCCGAUAAGAGUACGGCGGGGAAGAGUCCCAUCCGGAGGAGGCGGGCGCCACGCAGGAGAUGGAGGCGGAGAAGCCACGGCCGGUGCUGCGCUCCGUGAAUUCUCGCGAGCCAUCCCAGGUCAUCUUCUGUAACCGCAGCCCGCGCGUCGUGCUCCCCUUGUGGCUCAACUUCGAUGGCGAGCCGCAUCCAUACCCCACCCUGCCGCCGGGCACCGGCCGUCGCAUCCACAGCUACCGAGGUCACCUUUGGCUCUUCCGAGAUGCUGGGACCUAUGAUGGGCUUCUGGUUAACCAGACGGAACUAUUUGUGCCCUCUCUCAAUGUGGAUGGACAGCCUAUUUUUGCCAACAUCACACUACCAGUGUAUACCCUAAAAGAGCGAUGCCUUCAGGUUGUGCGAAGCCUAGUCAAGCCUGAGGAUUACAGGAGACUGGACAUUGCGAGGUCACUCUAUGAAGAUCUGGAAGACCACCCGAAUGUGAGAAAAGACCUGGAGCGGCUGACACAGGAGCAUAUUGAAAAUCAGCAGAUGGCGGAUGAGACUGAAGGUUUUAAUUUGCCCUCCUGAGCCUUCGCUUUUGAUGGAACUGACUGCUCUUGAUCUAGAUAUAGGACUGGUCACUUAUUCUCGGUUUCAGGUGUCUCAUUCUUGCAGUAAAAUAAUGCUCCUUGCUUAAAAGAAAGUUAACUGAUUUCACUAGGUAUGGUGAUGAUUAGGGGCAAGUAAGUGUGUAUAAAGGAAAGUACUUGUAUUUGCCUCUUAGUCAGGAGAGUUUCUGUGUAAGAACCGUUGUGUAAGUAAAUCAGUGAGAAGUGCAGCAUAUUCUUUGAUUGUAAGAGAGCAGUGGCAUCUGCUUUAAUUGCUGUACUGUGGUUGGUGACAUGUCCACCUGCCGCCUGAGAAGACUGAGAUGUCCUUGAGGCAGGAACAAACCUGUCUCCUCUUUGAGACCCCAGUGCCUCUCACACUGUGAGCCUUCACCAGUGAUUGUUGAACGAACAAACCAGUGGGUACUUUGGUAGGAAGUGUUGGAGGAUUUGCCCAUUUUUCAGGGGGGUGGGAAACAGGGGACCUUACAGUGUGCACAGCAAAUAAACGUUUUAAAGGGAAUCAUUUUGUGCUUGCUUCGGCAGCAUGUGUACUGAAAUUUGAGUGACUGGAGAAGACACACAGCUUCAUGAAGCGCUCCGUGCUUUGUGCCCUGGCCCCCUGGGCGUCCUCACACCCUCUGCUGGGCCGGAAGAAACACGUGUCCAAGCACAGCGUGUGGCACUCAGUAGCAAAAUUGUGACUUUUCACUAUACAAAUGUUCGUGGAAGGCACUCUGUGUAAUGGAAGAAAGCUGAGUCAUACCUGGGGUAUUUGUGCCAAUAUGUUAACUUGCAUUUCCUUUGUAAACAUUAAACAUUCUGAAAUCGACUUAUUUAAAAAGGGGGGGGAUCAUUUUUAUAUAAAGUAGUUUCUAUAAUUUUCUAAUACACUUUUUUCCAUUCCUGGUUGUUACAGCGCUGUUUUACUUUUGUUUCUAAACCAGGGUUAGGUUCUUACUGUUACUGUGAUGAUAGCUUUUUUGAAACUUGACAUCUGCACAGAAGAUAGGAGAAAAUAGCUGUCCUCUUGUUUAACUCUAGUAUGAAGGAGAGACUACUGUACUGUAAGUAGGUUUUUGCCACGUGUGGCUAUUUCUGUUUCUUUUUGUAAAUUCAUGGCAUUCUGUUUGGUUCAGCUUUUUUCAGCAGGCAGGAUUUGGUGGCACUUUGCCCCUGCCUGGAGGAGAGGCUGAAUCCCACUGUAAGCUCCGGGAAGUCCCUGCUCACGCACAGUGGAUUCAGAGAGCAGCCUGGGCUGUUUCACAGUUUCAUGGAUGUGCAGACACUUUCUUACAUGCCAGGCUUAAAUCCAUUCAGUACUUCUGUCAGGCUUCCUUUUUGGUGACAGUUUGAGAAAAAUUCAGUAGAGAAAAUGUUGGAAAGGACAGAAAAGUAAAAGGAAGAAAGAGAUCCCUGCAGAAACACUACCUAAACACAACCACUAACCUAACAUUUUGAAUUUUCAACCCUUUUUAGGGUUACUUCUGGUUGGUUGGUUUUGACAGAGUUGAGGUUAUACUGUACUUACAGUUUUGUAUUCUAUUUAACUUUGUAACUUAAAUAUCUUCUCAUGGCAUCUUUAUCAGCUCUCCAUAAACAUUAGCACAAUGUUUCUUUUGUGAAUAAUGUUGGGAUAUUUCUUGGCAUCUUUGGCCCCUCUUGCUAACCUUCGGGCUCAGGAACCAGUGCCCCACGGCUGUCUCGUUACUGCCUCACGUUUCACCCAGUCUGGUUCCCCUCUCCACAGUCAGCAAACUGGUUGGCUCUUUCUUGUUUUAAAGCACAUUGUAGUACUCAUUCAGUGGUAUACCUCUAACUGUCUAAAUUUUUGUGUCAAAUAGUUGGGCAGGGAAGAAGAAAUGCUGGUACAGGAGGCAGCUGUCCGAGUUCUGGAGUGGGGUGGGCUGGGGAUUAUGAAGUCUGCUGGUGCUGGAUUAGUUCAGUGUUGGUUUUACUUUAUUUUAAUCUGUCUUUGUGUCAAAAUGAGAUUUCAUGUUCUUGUUAAAACAUGCAGUUUGAGCACUGUUUUUGUGUUGUCCAAGGAAGAUUGAAAACCUGUAGCAUGAAUAAUGUGUUUUUCACUUGAAGUCUUAUAAAUGUAUUAAAUAUAUUAAAAAACU